AUGCCAUCGUCAUCCCUUUAUUGUGAAAACAAACAAAUAGGUGUUAUAAAUACUAGCCUCAAAAAAUGUUGCUUAAAAAAAAUUGGAGUUAAUAAAAGUAUGCGCCUUCCAAACGAUAGUUAUAAAAAAAAUAAAAUAGUAAAUAAUAUAUAUAAUGGAAAAUACAAGAAAGAGGAAAAUAAAUUAGAGCAAGAUAAAUAUGUAGAAUAUAAAAGGGAAGGGUAUGAAAAUAUAAAAAAUAUAUAUGUAAAAAGUACGUCCUACAAAGUAACCCAUUUAUGUAAAGAUAAUAGGGUGAAUAAGAAAUGUGUUUUUUCAUAUUCAAAUAAAAGAGGACCAAUUAAUAUAAUAGAUAAAAAAGAUAGUUAUAAAAAAUAUAUUGAUAUUGUAAGAUCAUCAUAUAAUAAAAUAAAAAAUGAUGACAUUAAAAAUAAUAUUAUAAAAAGGAAAAGUGAACAUAUAAGAAAAACAAAAUUGUUUAUAUAUAAUAAAUUAAAUAAUAAUAGUAUAAAAAAUAUGGAAUCCUAUAAAUAUAAUCAUAAGGAUAAUAACAAUAUUUAUAAUAAAAGUAAAAUUAAAAUUAAAGACAUACAUAAAUAUAAUAUAAAUGUAAAAGGUAUGUCCAAAAAUUUUAAUACUCAUAAAAGUGGUAGCAAUAUAUAUAAAAAUGUAUGUUGCAAUAAAAAUUUAUAUAAUAUUCAAAAGAGUGUUUUUUUAAAAAAUGCCAAGUACACCAAAAAUAAUAAUAUUAAUAAUAAGAGGAAAUAUAAUAAAGAUAAUAAGGAAUUAAUAAAAUCUAAUAUAUGCAUGUUAAACACACCUAUACGGAAGUGUAAAAUAAGAAAUAUUAUUCUGAGUCCAAAUUUUAUAAAUAAAAAGAAUAUCAAAGAAUUAAAUAAAAUAAUAUUGAAUCAUGCACACAAAAGUAAGAUAAAUAAUAAAGGAAAUAAUAUAAUCAAUGUAAGUGAAAAUAUAUAUUUGAAUGAUUUGUCUACUAAUAUAUAUAAACAACAAAAACGUAUGUGUGAUAUCCAUAAGGAUAAAAAAAAUUCAUCUACAAAUUAUAGGAAGAAUAUGUAUAUAAAACCAAAUGAAUAUUUAGAAGAAAGUAAAAAAAGUAAAUAUAAAAUUAUUGUAGUAAAAAAUAAAAAAAAAGAAAUUGGAAAUUAUAUUGUGACAAAAAAAAAAAUAGGGAAAGGUACUUUUGGUAAAGUCUGUUUAGGUAUACAUAUAUAUACUCACGAAAUUGUUGCUAUAAAAAUAUUGAAUAAAAAAAAGUUAAUUGAAAUUAUAAAUUAUGAUAAAAUAAUAAAAGAAAUAGAAAUACAUAAAAAUAUUAAUCAUAAUCAUAUAUGUAAAUUUUAUGAUGUAUAUCAAAAUAAAAAUAAUAUAUAUAUGAUAUUAGAAUAUAUAGAAAAUGGUAACCUACUAACUUAUAUAUAUAAUAAUAAUAAUAAUAAUAAUAAUAAUAUUAAUGAGAAUAAUGCUAGGAGGAUUUUAUAUCAAUUAAUAAAUGCAAUAGAAUAUUUACAUAAAAUAAAAAUAGUACACAGAGAUUUAAAACCAGAAAAUAUUUUAUUAGAUAAUAAUAAUAAUGUGAAAUUAAUAGAUUUUGGUCUUUCAACAAUUUAUAAAAAAAAUUGUUUAUUAACAACUUCAUGUGGUUCUCCCUUUUAUACAUCUCCUGAAAUAUUAUUAGGACAAAAAUAUGAAGCUCAAUUAACAGAUGUGUGGUCCUUAGGUAUUAUUUUGUUUUUAUUAUUAAACCACCAUCUUCCUUUUAAUAAUAGUGAUAUGAAUAAACUAUUUACACAAAUAAUAAAAGGCAUCUUACAUUUUGAACCUUAUGUAUCUAUAAAUGCAAAACAUUUAUUACAAAAUAUGUUAAAUGUAAAUUUUAAAAAACGUUUUACAAUAAAUAAUAUUAAAAAUCAUAUAUGGUUUACUCAACAUCCUAUGAAAAUCAUCUCAUCAAAUAAUAACUCAACUACUACCUGUAAUUUAAUUGAUUGUAAUACAUGUUGGUACAAAUAUAUAAUAUAUAAAAAAAAUAAUUCUUAUUAUAAAGAUAUGGUUAUAAAUAAAAUAACUAAAAUGUAUAAUAUAAAUAAACAAUAUAUAAAUACACAAUUAAUAAAUAAACAUAAAAAUUUUAUAAAAACAGCUUAUGAUCUUUUGUUAAAUAAAAUUAUCAGAAAUUUAGCAAGCCAUGCAAAUAUAUAUUCGCGACAUGUAAUUAUAACAAUGGAAGAUAAAAAUAAAAUUGAAGAAGGAACUUUUUCUAAUAAGACAGAUGAAAUUAUCAAAAAAUAA